AUGGAUACUGGGACUCAUGUUCCCGGGUCGGUUACUAGUAAUGUAAACGGGUCACCAGAUCUGAAAGAAGACAGAUCCGGUUUACCACGAAGCUCAAAGCUAGCAAGAACAACAACAAUGGCAGAAGACAAGCGCUUGUCUUCCCCUUACGCAGCUCCUUAUAGCAAGUCGUUUGGGUUCCCACUUAUGAGAUCUGCUUCUGACUCUCUCCGACAAGAACAGAUGCUUAGCUUCUCAGACAAACCAGAAGCUCAAGACUUCAGUAAAUAUGUCUGUUUGGAUAACAAGAACUCUCUCUCGCCGUUUCUUCACCAGUUCCCACCUCAAUAUAGAAGCUACUCAGGAGGAGGAUAUGGUUGUGGUGGGAUGAUGAUGAGCAUGCAGGGGAAAGGACCUUUUACGUUGACUCAAUGGGCUGAGCUAGAACAACAGGCGUUGAUCUAUAAGUAUAUCACAGCCAAUGUCCCUGUUCCUUCUAGUUUGCUCAUCUCUAUCCAGAAGUCCUUUUUCCCUUAUGGAUCUUUGCCUCCUAGCUCUUUUGGAUGGGGAACUUUUCAUCUAGGUUUUGCUGGAGGUAACAUGGAUCCUGAGCCAGGGAGAUGCCGUAGAACAGAUGGGAAGAAAUGGAGGUGCUCAAGAGAUGCUGUUCCUGAUCAGAAAUACUGUGAAAGACACAUCAACAGAGGCCGUCACCGUUCAAGAAAGCUUGUGGAAGUCCAAUCUAACCAGACCGCUGCUGCGUCCAAAGCGGUUACAGCGCAGCAACAGUCCGUGGUUGCUGGCGGUAUUAACCGUAACCGCAGUCUCACCACCGCAGCUCAAUACAUCAAUCCGUCUACAGACUCUCCACCUAACAAUAGAGUAUGUCCAUCCACCGUUAACUUGCAAGCCAAGGAAUCUCCCAAACAGAGAAACAACAACAGCUCUUUUGAGUUUGGACACAUAUCCUCUGAUUCAUUGGUGAACCCUAACUCGGCAAAGAGCUUACUUGGAUCAACGUACUUGGAUUUUAGCGGCAACCAGGAUAAGCACAACCACAGCUCAUGGCCCGAAGAGCGGAAGUCAGACUGGACGCAGCUUUCAAUGUCAAUCCCAGUAGCAUCAUCAUCAUCAUCUCCUUCCUCCACACACAUCACUGGUGAAGACAAAACCACUCUGUCACCUCUCAGGCUAUCGCAGGAGUCUGAGCAGGAAACACUCAAAAAAGUGAAUACUUGGAUACCAAUCUCAUGGGGAAACUCCUUGGGAGGUCCUCUAGGUGAAGUACUCAACAGCACAACGAACAGCCCCACGCUGGUAUCUUCUCCAACAGGUGUUUUGCAAAAGUCAACGUUUUGUCCACUCUCUAACAGCCCCGUUGCAGAGAGCAACAACUUCCGUUACACUACCUGA